AUGUCUCGUGUAGAACAGGGACAUCGUCCUGUGAGUCCGAGGCUGGCGUCCAAUCUCAUGCUGGAACAGCUCUGUGUGGCUCGCAGAAGAUUGGAUGCAAGGCGGCGAACGGAAUGGAGUCUUUGCAGUAUGGUGGAAGAUGUACUGAUGGGGGAUGAAGUUAGCAUCCGUGGCAUAAAGCUGAAUGAGUUUCUUUGGAAAAUCUUUGGUUAUAGGGCAUGCGUCAAUGAAGACUACGAUAUUAUGAUUGAGGCUGUUUUUGUGAAUCCCGCUGCCUACAUUGACGACGAGGAGCUUCUCAGUGGAAUUCUCGAGUCAAGGGAGUACCAGGCAUACACGCUGCAACAAGAUUGUUGGACGCUGGGUGGCAUCGGAGUCGUUAACCUUGAACAGUGGAAGGAGUUGAGUGGGAAACAUACGUCCAAUAUUAGCUCUUACACUAGGAGAAAGUUGGAUGCAGCUCUGGACGUGGCGGUGAGCAGCGUGUUCGACGCUUCUGUGGAAGAUUUAAGAAACAUGAACAUUAAGCACCAACCGAAAUGGAGCAUUUGCAGUAGCGUGAGGGAUAUACUGCUCUGGAGACCAUCUUGCCCUGAUAGAUUGAACCUGAACGAUUUCCUUCGCAAGGAAUUGAACGGUAGGGGUGUUGACCUUAACAAUAGGUAUAUUUCUAUGGUGACGUUUAUUGAGAACCCCGAGCAGUUUAUCAAUGACGAUGAAUUAUUGGGCGAAAUAACGGUGUUACCGUUUUACAAGGAGAUGAAGUGUAUCGUGGAGGAAGAAAGAACUCUUUUGAAAGACGAAGAGAAGCUGUGCAACGCAUCUGUGGUCUAUCUCGGUCAAUGGCGCGACUUUGAAAAAAAGGACAUGGUUUCUCCGCUUGCACGGGAAAUACUCGUCGCAGCUCUUAGGAACACAAUGGAGCUAUGA